CUUCUUUUUUCGGCGCGUCGCACGUGUGGCUGCCGCUGCAGGAGGCACGUAGCUCGACCCACGUGCACCUGCGUCUCUACACGAGUCAACCUGACUCACUUAUCCUGCUGGCAGCCGGCGAGACUGACUACCUGCUGCUGACACUCGCUGCUGGCAGGCUGUCGUACGAACACAGCGGUUCAGAGUCACCUCGAGACGACUUCAUCAUCGUGCGAGUUUUAGGUCUGUCGUCCUCGUCGAAGCCAAGUCGUCACGACGAAGCGACUCUUCCUGAAAGUCCCUUCCUUCGUCACGACGAGACUUCUUCCCUUGACGACUCAUGGCUCAUCGUCCGACGAAGCAGUCCCUUACACGUCACUGUCAUCGUCAAGAAUGAGAACGACGAGGCACCAGUCGUGACGAUCAAUAAAGGAAUUAAUAUGUGGCAAGAAGAUACCGUGGUCGUCACAAGUGACGUGCUGGAGGUGACGGAUGCAGACUCGCCGAGCACCGAAGUCCGGUUCGAGUGCAGUGAACCGAAUAACGGGUUCCUGGCCCUCACCCACGCACCCAACAAGCCCGUUACCCUCUUCACCCAACACGACGUCGAGUCAAGACGUUUGCUCUUCAAACAGUCCGGGCCCCUGGUGGGGGGCUUCUCAUGGCGUGCCACAGACGGAAAAUAUCGCACGGCGGCCCACGUUUUCCCCGUCACAGCAAAGGCCAUCAACAUAUCGGUGACGAUGACUCAGCACUUUAGUAUAUUCCCAUUAACAACGCAUAUUAUCAGAGACCAGCAUCUGCUGGCGAGCUUUAAUAAGCCUGACUAUAACCAGAGCGUCUUUAUUAUAAUCAAAAGACAACCAAAAGCUGGAAGAGUUGUGAUGAAGAAGUCCAAUGGUUUGUAUGAACACGCGGGGACCUUCACCCAAAGGGAAAUAUCUUCGGGACUUGUUGCCUAUGAACAUUUACGAACACCGUCAUCUCUGCAUGAUCAGGAUGACUUCAUAUUUGAUAUCGAAUCUCCACCGCUCCGCAUCUUAAAAAAAUUUAUUUUUAACAUUUCCAUUAGUAUUAGCAAUACGGAACAAAUGCAAGAUAUCCUUGGUUUGAAACCUGUCAACGUUGUCGAGGGUCAAGCAGUUAAGAUAUCUCAGGAUAAUCUUAAUCUAUCGGCGUUGGAUCGGUACUUUUCAAGAAAUAUAAUAGACGACUGGAAUCCUUCACUCAUUACUCACGUAUCUCGUGCACCCAGGCACGGCACACUCACGCUGUCUGGCCGGAAUUUACUUAUCGGCAGUAGCCUUGAAUCAAAAGAUAUCAGCAGCGGGAGUCUCGUAUACCAGCACGACCAUUCCGAGACCCGCUCGGAUUCUGUCCUCAUUGAAAUUCAUAUCAGAGAUCCCGAGGACAGUCGACCGAUGUUGAUCUGCAACACUUCCCUAGAUAUCAUAGUGUCUCCUGUCAACGAUAAUCUGUUUUCUCUAGAAAAGGCUAAAACUUCAAUUGUUCGCUUCGACACUAAAGUUUUAACUGAGAAGGACUUGUAUACGAGCGACUUGGACUCUUCGCCUAAAGAUAUUACGUACCAAAUCAUGUCUGGACCUGCAAACGGUAAACUCAUCAUAGGUACCAAUUCAAGCGCAGGCUUCACCUUCACACAAUCAGAUGUGGCUGCCGGAUUAGUUUCGUACACCCACGACGGUUCUAACAGUUCAACUGACAAGUUUUACUUUCAAGUUUCGGACGGUGGACACAUGCCGAAAUAUUCUGCUUUCAUGAUUGAUGUCGAGCCGCUGAAACUAGAGCUCAUUAACCACACAAUGAUUCGAAUCAUGCAGGCGGCCACGGUAUCGCGAAUAGCCAAUUUCAACUUAGCGGUGAGAUUGAACACAGCGGGGCUGCACGUCAACUUUAACGUCACCAAGUUUCCCAGACAUGGUAAACUUUUCAUCAGCGGACAAAUGGUUUCAUCGUUCACUCAAGAAGACGUUGAUAGAGGAGACUUGAUCUAUUUACAGUCCGAUAUGAGAUGGAGUCGAGAUGCGUUUAGUGUGCUCAUCUGGUGUCAUGAUGUGGUUUUGCCUGAGUUGGACAUGCUGAUAGAAGUACAACCGAUGCUAAAGAGCCGGUUGAUGCAGGCAGUUUCUGGAUCACGUGUACCGAUUUCAGAAAUCCACCUGAAUGCAACCGAACUCUUGCUAGUAUCAGAUUCUGUGCCAGUUUUUCAAGUAAGAGAACAGCCUCGGUUAUCACUACUCAAGAAAGAAACUGUUGACUCUGACGGUAAUCUACGAUCCUUCCAAGUGCAGGAAUUCUCACUGAAUGAUAUAGAAGCCAGUGUUAUAUUCUUGGUCGUACAGCGACUGGCUGUCGAAGCUGAUCGACCGUUAAAUGAUAAAAUUUCCUUCACCUUAUCAGUGACAGGAGCGGACGUUCAGCCAGCGAAGUGCGUGCUCGAGAUCGUCAUCUACCCAGCAGACUCCAAUCUCUUGAACAUGGUCAACAACCCCCGCCAGUUGCGACCAGGCAAUAUCUCGCCAGAUACCAGCACUAAGGGUAACCCUUACGACACAUUCGAAGAAGACACUAAAUCUUUGCUUAUUGUGGCAAUCGUUCUAAGUGUUUCUCUUGCACUUAUAAUAAUUAUUUCAGUCUCAGUAUAUUGUGCAAGGUUCCGAAGGUCCGCUAAGACCGAGGACCACAAAGAGUUCGAUGCCAUAAGCCUCCCGCCUCCGCUCACGGGUGACAGUCGUCCUGAAUCAUUCCUCACCGAUUACAUGAGUGAAUUUGCAACUUUUUCGGACGCGAACAGCCCCAACACCUUCAUCGGAGAACGUCAACUCGAGUGUCACACCUCACAAUCCGACACGUCGUUACCAUCAGACAUCACUCGUGGGGUGCCUGGUGUCCGGGACUUGUCGCCGUCCCUACCCCAGUGUAAAGUGACGCCUAUAUUCACAGACCCUUCCCAUAUUGGGGGCAGAAGUCCCAGCAAUGUGUCCCAAAUUUAUCAGACUAACGCUCGAGUGGAAAGUCCCAACGACUGGGGUGCGUAUGAUCAGAAUAAAAGUGUUUAUAGUCCCAUGCUAAGAAAAAACCAGUACUGGGUAUGAGAUACAUUUAAUGGUUGUGCGGAUUUGUCAGGUUUCAUACGUCUAAGGUUUAUUCUUAAGCGAUAUUUGUACCUUUAUAUGAACGAACGCUCCGUCGCUUAGCGUUUGCCGUAAAUAUUUGGACGAUCUAAUAUCAUUUGCUUGAGCUUGAAUUUUACUUGAAUAAUAUGCUAGAAUUUAAAAUUUCUU